GCAAACGAAGACGCUGUGUUACGAAAUUAAAAUUACAGCGACUCCCCUUUCAGUCUGACGUACCAUCGGGGGGGGAGGGGGGUGGUGCAAAAUACUGAAAUACAGAGCUGCGGGACUGCAUCUGAAGUAGUGAAGAAAGCAGUGGUUGUCCGCGGACGGUCCAGCCAUGGGCGCAGAGUUUCAGAGCUGCCAAACGGUGCUCAUUACCGGAGCCAGUCGCGGCCUCGGCUUGCAGAUGGUGAAACAGCUGGUAACAGGGAACCACAGACCGCUGAAAAUAAUCGCAACUGCCCGGGAGCCGGCAGCAGCCAAGGAGCUAAAGGAACUGUCUGAAAAAUACAAAGGUCUACAUGUGGUACCUCUUGAUGUUGUCAGCCAAGGGAGCAUAGAGAAAGCCUUGCAAGAGGUGGGGUCUCUGGUUGGAGACGAAGGGCUGAACUGCUUGAUUAACAAUGCUGGGAUUAUGAUCUCUGGAGACAUUGAGACGGUGACGGCUGAAGGCAUGAUGAAAAACUUCGAAACUAAUACUGUGUCUCCUCUCAUGAUCACCAAGGCAUUUUUGCCCCUGUUAAGAAAAGCUGCAGCAAAGAGCACAGGAAUGGGCAUCCACAGAGCAGCCAUCAUCAACAUCUCCUCCAUGCUGGGAUCAAUUGAACUGAACUGCCAGCCGGUGACAGGGUUGAAGUGUUGCCCUUACAGAACAUCAAAGGCGGCUCUGAACAUGGUGACUCGCUGUCUGGCUGUUGAUUUAGAGGCAGACGGUAUCCUGUGCACAGCCAUCCACCCAGGCUGGGUCCGCACUGAUAUGGGGGGGGCAGAGGCUCCUUUGAGUAAAGAAGACAGCAUUUCUUCAGUUCUCAAAGUGAUUGCCAGCUUAUCCGAGAAGGAAAAUGGUGGAUUUUUGAGCUAUGAUGGAAAGCCCCUUCCUUGGUAAAAAUAUCAUAACUGAAUCUUGCCAAGAUUAAAGGUUGUAUUGGAAAA